AUGGCCCCCAAAUACUCGCAACAUUAUCGUGAAGAAUGGGAAAAGAUGAGGGAGUUUAAGGAUUGGCUAUCACCGGUCAAAGAUGAUGCCACUAAAGCCUACUGCAAAUAUUGGAUUGGAACCGACAAUGCUUCUUCUAUGACUGGUGUCAACAACGGCGUGCACAGCCUUCUGAAAUCUGAAACUGGCAAUAAUAAUCUAGUAUUAGUACGGUGCCUAUGUCAUUCUUUACAGUUGGCUAUUACUCAUGCAUCUGAAGAAACUCUACCACGAAACAUCGAGUUCCUGAUCCGAGAAACCCACAACUGGUUUAGCCAUUCUUCUAAUAGACAAUUGUUCUACAAGGAACUGUAUAAAACUAUAAACUGCGGCAAAGAACCUCUAAAAAUUACUCAAAUGUGUAAUACCAGGUGGUUAUCCAUUGAACCUGCUGUCCGUAGAAUAGUAGAUCAAUGGUUAGAACUGAAAACCCAUUUUGAAAUUAUGAAACAAAAAGAAAACUGUUACAUGGCAGAAAUGCUUUACUCUAUGUAUAAUGAUCCCAUCAAUCAUCUGUUCCUAUUAUAUUUGUUACCAAUUUUAGACGAAGUACAAAAAGUGAAUAAGAAUUUCGAAAUCAAUGACAGAGACCCGACCAAACUUCUAAAUGACUUGGUUGAAUUGGUUGAAUCGGUGGCAAGGCGAAUUUUGAUGGCAACAGCAUCAGCCAGAGUAAAUAUUUUGACAGAUAACAUCACCAGUUACCUGGAUCCAUCUCCAUACAUGGGUUACAAUCUAGAACGUCGAAUUACGGAGUACCAACUUUCACCAGAAUCAGUUCAGAAUCUACGACAUCGCUGUAAACAAUUUACAUUGAAGCUCGUCCAGGAAAUGCGAUCAAGAAUGCCAGUAAAUAUUCAAACAUUGAGAAAAAUGAAUAUGUUUUCUGUACGGGAAACUUUGAAAGCAAUUAAACCAGAAAUUGUUGACAUUGCUCAAGAGUUUGGUUGUAACGCAGUCGAUAUAGAGCGUAUUGUGGUGCAAUGGAGAAACAUUAGUCACAUAGACUGGAAAAACAAAAAAUCGACUAUAGAGUUCUGGUCAGAGGUAUGUGAGUACAAAGACUGUGCCGAUAACAAUCCUUUUCACGAGUUGGCAUCUUUAGUCAUGUCUAUCCUUUGUCUUCCACACUCCAAUGCAGAAGUGGAGAGAGUGUUUAGUCAAAUGAAUGUAGUGAAAACUAAACUGAGGAAUCGGAUGUCGUUGACGACACUUAACUCAAUUAUGUAUGUCAGAUAUGGACUCCGAAGAUCAGGCAAAUGUUGCAAUUCUUAUAAUAUUCCUGACGACGUACUGAAACAUAUUAAAGGUAUUAAAGAGCAUGCAGCGACUGAUGACAGUGGCCCAUCAACGUCACAACAAGAACAAGACGAACAAGUUGAUGACCUGCAAAUAUACUUCGAAAUAAAUGACUAA